GUUUGUGUGGCCAUUAUGACCAUUUUGCUGGGAUUCAACGGAGCUGCCACUGCCUCCAACUUGGCCAACUCCCAGGACUUGGCACCUAACUAUGCGGGUACUCUAUAUGGAAUCAUUAACUGCAUUGGAACCACGCCAGGAAUCUUCUCGCCCUUGAUUGUGGCAGCCUUUACAAAAGAAGAGAACACCAUCGAUCAGUGGCAUUGGGUCUUCAUCAUUGGAGCUGCUGCCUACAUAUUGCCCGCCCUCUUUUUCUGGGUCUUUGGCUCUGGCAAGAUCCAGAAGUGGAACGAAGUGGAGACUACAGAGUCGCGAGAGGAUAUUGUCAACACAAAGUUGUAGAUUGUGUCCUGGCAGUCACCUGUGAUGUUUUAUGUUUAGUAUUAUGCCAUAACUAUGAAGUGCGCUUGUUUUUGGAGAGUCCUAUUAAAGC